AUCAGGAACAACAAGACAUUGGAGAAUGUGUGGCUGUACUAUAAGCACCAAGGAUCAAAAGUCCCGCUCCGGAGGGGAAACCCAUCCUUCGGCAUCCCCUACAGCAGCCUCCCUGCCUCCAACGAUGCUGAAAAGCAUUCCUAUAUCCAAACAACUGUCUUCUUUGAAAGCUCUGGUGAAAGCCUCAGACCUGGAGAAAGCCUUUGCUACUGCAGCUCUGAUUUAUAAUAACUCUUCUGACCCGGAUGGUAAACUCAGUAAAUCUGUUGCCAAAAACUUACUGAAGACCCAGUUUAUGAAUUUCAUCCAGGGACAAGAAAACAAACCCAAGUAUAAAGAGAUCCUUUCUGAGCUUGAGGAGCAAACAGAGAAUAAACUGGGUUUUGAAGAUUUCAUGAUCUUACUCUUAAGUGUUACUCUGAUGUCAGAUAUGCUCCAAGAAAUCUGGAUGUCAAAAAUCACCAAGUGAAAUGGCAUGACAGAAUGACUAGAAGACACCCAGGCAGUAGAAGUGGUGAUUCUAGGUGUUACCAUCUUGUUUUUGAUCAAUUGCAAAUUUGACAAAGCUGUCAGGUUUGUUGUCAAAAACAAAAACAAAAGUAAACUUUCUUAUGGAGCUGA